CGUUUGUUUUAUUUUUUGAUUGUAUACGGCAGCCACGCAACGGUUUGCACGAACGUUUGAUUCGAAGGGAAUGGAACGGAAGUCAAACGAAACUUACUUCCAUUACGCUGACAAAUGUCAAAAAUUGUUGGUUUUAGAAAUAUUUCUAGCGGUGGUUUUAGGAACUAUUGUGAUGGGCUUCAUGUUUGGCGCAUGCGCAUGGAAUACUUCAACAGAGACGCCGAAGCCGAAGACGCCAGACGCUGCGCGUUUGUGUAAUCAGAAAAAAUGUCGUAAAUCUUCAAUAAUAAGUCAAAUUAUAAUAAAAACAUAUCGGCGGCAGAUAACUGUGUAGUGAUUUAUGUUUAUUAUGUGAUAACAACGACGCAGUAUUAAGUGACAAACAAACUAUUGAAGUAAAUCGAUCGAGCCGCCCAACCAGACAAAAUGGCUGCCUGCAUUAUUGAUAAUAUCAAUCCUGUUAACGUCGAAAAAAUUGAAAGUUUUCUAAAUGACUCAUCAUAUAAAGAAGCGCUCGAAUCUUCGGCGAGUUUCAACACUCGCCUAUCGAUCGAACGCCGAAUGCGUCUGCCCUUCCUUGAUAGCCAAACCGGCGUCGCCCAGAACCACUCGCAACUAUUCAUGUCAAAACGACAGCGAAUGCCUGGGAUGGUGCCGGGUCAAAUCUACUCAUAUCCGCGUCCAAGAUGGCGUAAAAAACGCCGCCAGUAUCUCCUCAACACCCGCCCAUUCGGUAGAUUCGAAGCCAUGGAUGACUCCGACCUGCACUCCAUCUCACAAAUGGAAAACCCCGGCAUCAUGCAAGACAAUGACAGCAAAGAUAGUCAAAUGUUGAAAGAUGAAGUAGCGGCCAAAGAGUGGUACUACGACGAAGCGGAACUCCUCGAAAUGGAUCCGUAUGACGACCAAGAUCAAGAUAGUGAUCUAGACUAUGAAGAAAGUCGCAAGGCGAAAAAACGACGAGGAACAGGAAGAGGUCGAGGUAGUGGUAGCGUUGACUCCCCUGGCACACCAGGAAGAAAGAAGGGCGGCGGCCGAGGCCGGAAACGCGCCUCCAUGCACAAUUACGAACCCACACCGGGCGAUCCCGACAAACCGUUUUCGUGUGAACUGUGUGGGGCGCGAUACAAGACGCGACCGGGCCUGACGUACCACUACGGACACUCGCACAAAGAAGGCGCUAGCGAUGAGAAUUCGCGCGAGGCGACGACGCCGGUGAGCGGCGUGCAGCCGCCGCCGCCGGCGCCGAACGGGCCCGCAUCGCCCGGUGGCGGGGCGGCGGUGCGCAGGCGUCGCCCUCGUCGAACCCAGGCGCCGGCAGCGACGGAGAGGCCUCCCUGUCGGCGGCAUUCAUCAGGAAAUAACGUCUACCAAGAUAGUUACGUGUCUUUCUUGAACCAUCCAGCCGGCACUCCUGGCAAGCGUGGUAGACCAGCAUCAGCGGCGACUGUUGCCGCCGCCGCCGCUGCAGCAGCCGCAGGCGCAGCAGCAGCGCCCUCCCAGCAAGCACCACCAACACUACCACCGAAUCUUCCGGUUGCCACACCACCACAAUCCGACGAUCCACAAAUGCCGGUGCUGGUUCCGGAGAAAAUCGACGCGCCGCCUUCCACCAGCUCCAUAGGUCCACCACCUUUACCGCAACCAUCACAAAUUCUACCAUUCGGUGAGAAACCCAAAGCGGCGCCAAGUCCCUACUGCGAUUUCUGUCUCGGCGACGCCGCCGAGAACAAGAAAACCGCCGAGCCGGAAGAGCUGGUCUCCUGCUCGGACUGCGGACGUUCAGGUCAUCCCAGCUGCCUGCAGUUCACGGCCAACAUGAACAUUUCCGUCAAGAAGUAUCGAUGGCAGUGCAUCGAGUGCAAAUGCUGCUCGGUUUGCGGCACGUCUGACAAUGACGAUCAGCUAUUGUUCUGCGACGAUUGCGAUCGUGGUUAUCACAUGUACUGCCUGUCGCCGCCGCUGAACGCGCCGCCCGAAGGCUCCUGGUCGUGUAAACUGUGCAUCGAAGAAUUCCAUAAACAAUGAACGCACAUCGGCCAUAACGUAUGCUCUUGUGGCACAUGACGAUGUCAAACAAUCUCAUUGCUGAAGCCGCCGGUUUCAUCAUUAAUCUAGGUCUAGAAAGUGUAAGGAAUAAAAAAAAACACGUAACACUGCAAGUCACCUCCAACUUGCAGAUUAUGAAUAAUAUGAAAAUAUAGCAUGCGUACGAUUAAAUUUUGACGAGAAAACAUUUGAUUCUUACUUAAACGCAAUUAUUAAGGCCUAAAUUACUUCAUCGAACUGAUUUAUUGAACAAACACACACACACACAUAUGAAAACUAACGAAAUGAUUACACACACACACGAUUGUUUUCCAAGUUUAUAUUUUGUGCUUAUAAAAAUGAAACGAUUGAUUAUAA